GAAGUAAACAACUCGUGAUUGUCCUCAUCGUUGUCAGAUAAGAUAUUAUUUUAUAAACAACCAAACAUUAUUUAUUAGCAAAGAUUAUCGACUGCAAUAAAAUUAACAUUGAGGAUGUUAACAUUAGUAGACAGAAAAAAUACGAUAUAAGUUUUAUAUUAUUUAAAGUGCCUAGUAUAUCAACAAAAUGGAUAUUGACACAGAGAGUGUUCUUAACUUGAUGUUUCCAGAUGGAGUUUCAGAUGCUUGGACUGAUAAUCCUGAUUUCAACAACUAUCUUUCCAAACUGAGUGUUUACAAUUUAGAAAAGCUAUGUAAAGAACCUGACCAUUUAGACAUUGAAAAGAUGUCUAUUCUUAAUCAGACUCAAGAAUUAGCUUUUGCCAAUUAUAAGACUUUUAUAAAGACUGCAGAGUGUUCAAGAGAGUUAUUCAAGCAAUUCCAGAAAAUCGAAUCGCGUCUUAAUUCACUGAUUUCCCAUGUACCUGACUUUACAACAGGAUGUGAAUCCUUGCUUCGACAAUGUUCCUCACUUGAAAGUGAUCGGCAAGCUAGCAGUCUUGCUUUAAAGAGACAUUCUGAUCUGUUACAAGUUCUUGAACUUCCUCAACUUCUUGAAUCUUCAGUACGAUCUGCUCUUGUGGAGGAGUCAUUGUCACUUAUUGCAUUUGCUCAAAGAAUUGCUAAGUCCCAUCCAAAUAUACCAAUUUUACAGAAAGUAGCUGUUGAAACUGAAAAAUGGUCAGUGGUCCUACGCAGUCGCUUACUAGCGGAAUUGAAAGGAGAAUUAAGUCUCCCUAGAUGUUUAGUUGAUGUUGGAGUUUUACGCAGAAUGGGAGCUCUAUCAGAACCGGAACUGAGGCUUAUUUUUCUCCAAGCCAGAGGUCAUCACUUAUCAACACUACUUUCUUCACCUCAAGUUCAGAAUCAAACUAGUGUAUUGAAAAGGAUAGAAAUCUAUCGGAGUCAACUUUUUAACAUUAUAACUCAAUAUAAAGGCGUUUUUCCGGAUGCUGCAGUUAUUUCAGGAAAACAGAAGCAAAGCCCACUUCUAGAGGAGUGGGUUAGUAUUAAGGUUAACGAAUUCUUAUCAGACACAGAUGGUUGGGCUAACGAAGGAGGUAGUUUUGAAGGAGUAAUGUAUCUUGGACAGUCAUUAGGCAGGGUGGGCUGUGACUUACGAGGACUCUCUACAUCUUAUUUUCUGUCUGGUACUGCAACACGAAUGAAAGCUAUUUUAGAAUCUUCUCUUGCUGAUUUUCCUCAAGAUAUGGACAAGGCUGCACUUAUGAGUAUACAAGAAGAUCUCUGUGGAUUUAACAUUCCAUUUUAUCCUCUCGCACGGCUAACAAAUGGAAUAUUAUCCUGUUUGAACAAUCUUCGCCAUGGUGCACCAUUAGCACUGGCUCAACCAGUUACCAGUUUAGUGGAAGAGACUCUCUUCUUGGCAUCCCAGCACAUUUCUAAUUUCCACAAAAAAGAACAACAAGCUCUUGGUAAAGUUGAGAUGGAAAUGUUGUUUAAAUUAGUAUUGUGCUUUUCUGACCAAAUGCUGCCCCAUUUACAAACUUGUAUUCAUACAGUUUACCCACCGGCAGAGAUUGCUCAAUAUCUUUCCUUGUCUGUGUCUAAACUUCAGUCACAGGGCUUGACAUACUUGGAUUUCGAAAAGAUUUUAGGACCCAUAAAACAUCUCCAAAUUCCUAAAUUAGAGAAGCCGCUUACUGAAGAAAUUAAACAACCAGAAACUAAUGUAAUUACAAAUAUUGUUUGCUAAUAUUUGUUUUAAAAGUUUUAUAAAUUAUUAUUAUUGGUUCUUAAAUUGUUGAAAUAUAUUUUUGUUAUCAAAUAC